GUCGCAUCUUGCAUUCGUUUUGGAGAGAUCCAUAAAACACGCACACACGCACAUAUAUAUAUAUAUAGAUCAGUUCCACAAAUUGGUCUUGAGGUCGUUUGCUUUAAAGACUUGGAAAUCCCUUUCCUCGUUGACUUCGUCUCCUCCAAAACCCAGAAAGAAAGAAGGAAAAACCCCACGUUUAUUAACGGAGAAAAACAAGCUUUUUACUUGAGAUUCUAUAUUGUCACAAUCAUACCUGGGAGUUCAAUCUUUUUACCUCUAGGGUUUCGUAGAAUCAGGAAGAAGAUGGUGAGGGGGAAGACUCAGAUGAAGCGGAUAGAGAACGCGACGAGCAGACAAGUGACCUUCUCGAAGCGAAGGAACGGAAUUCUCAAGAAGGCCUUUGAGCUCUCAGUUCUUUGCGACGCCGAGGUUUCUCUCAUCAUCUUCUCCCCCAAAGGCAGGCUCUACGAAUUCGCCAGUGCCAACAUGCAAGAAACCAUUGAACGUUAUCUGAGGCAUACCAAAGAUCGAGUCAGCAGCAACAAGCCAACAUCUGAAGAGAAUAUGCAGCAUUUGAAGCAUGAGGCAGCAAACAUGAUGAGAAAGAUUGAACAACUUGAAAAUGCUAAACGGAAACUCAUGGGAGAAGGCAUAGGGUCAUGCUCGAUCGAGGAGCUGCAGCAGAUCGAACAGCAGCUCGAGAGAAGUGUGAAAACCAUUCGAGCAAGGAAGACUCAGGUGUUCAAAGAACAGAUUGAGCAGCUAAGACAAAAGGAGAAAGCCCUGGCAGCAGAAAACGAGAGGCUAUCCAAGAAGUGGGAAACAGAGGAAUGUUCCCGAACGGGGAUGGAUAAGGAGCAGCAGAAUAUCAUUGCAAGAGCUGUCGAGGAGAGUAGCCCUAUUUCCGAGGUCGAGACAGAAUUGUUCAUUGGCCUGCCUUGUUCUUCCACAAAGUGAAACCUCCCCCCUCCUCCAUUUCUCAUUUCAUUACAUAUACACAGCAGAUUUCAGACAAGUCGUAAAGAACAAUAAUUAAAAACAUGUUUUAUAGUGGCAGCAUGCAUGCAUGCAUGCAUGCAAGGAAAAACACAAACCAGUUGUAUGCUGCUCUUCUUUCUUA